AUGAACUCUUCUGAGAACCUGUGCACUUCUUCUGUCGACGCUUCUUUCGGCCCCUAUGUUGGCCCUGAAUGCCGCGAUGGCUUCGACUUUACUCUCGUCUUUGAGCAAUCCAUUCUUGUGCUGUCUCCAGCCGCUCUUCUCCUCAUCCUCGCUCCUAUUCGUCUUUUUCGUCUCCGGAAUGUCCCCGUCAAAGUCACUGGCCACCGUCUUCGAACUGUCAAAUUGGCGUUGAUCGCUCUUUUGGCUGUGCUUCAUCUCGUGCUCAUUGUGCUUUGGGCUACGCACCCUUCCAAUUCGCGUCUAGAUCGCGUCUCUGUCGCUGCUGCAUGUGUAUCCUUUGCCUCAAGCCUGAUGUCCUGUGUCCUCUCUCGUGUCGAACAUGCCAAAUCUCCUCGUCCAUCCUCUCUCUUGAGUCUGUUUCUCGCUGUGUCUUUGCUCCUUGAUGUCACGCUCCUUCGCACCCUUUGGCUUGUCCCUCUGAGUGCGGCUAUUCCAUCUGUUUUCACGGCGGCCUUUGCUCUGAAAGCGAUUAUUGUCGUUCUUGAAGGGUGCAGCAAAGCUCCAUAUCUUGUUGCCGGCUCCGGGCCCCACUCUCCCGAAGUCACGGCCGGACUGUACGCCCGAGCCGUCUUUGCGUGGGUAACUCCGUUGUUACUGACGGGAUUUCGAAAGCUUCUGCGGCCGAUGGAUCUGUUUGAGUUGGACGAGGAGAUGGGCUCGGCGGGACUGAUCGACAGGUUUUGGAGGCAUUGGCAUACCCAGAAAGCUCCGGCUCGAAAACACCAGCUGAUUUCAUGUUGCGUCAUGACACUGCGAUGGUCUAUCAUCGCUGUUGUUCUUCCUCGCCUGGCUCUUCUGGCAUUCACUAUAUGCCAACCACUCAUUCUCAACCGGCUGCUGGUGUUUCUCGACGAUGCCUCUCAGUCUAUCAACAUUGGUUACGGUAUCAUCGCAGCCUACGGUCUUGUUUACUCUGGUAUUGCUCUUUCACAAGCCCUCUAUUGGCAUCGCAAUGCUCGGUCCGUCACAUUGUUGCGUGGAGUGUUGGUGUCUGCCGUGUUCUCCAAGGCCACCGAUCUGAGCAUCACGGCAACAGACGAUUCAGCGGCGGUGACGCUCAUGUCUUCUGAUGUCGAUGUUAUUGUGAGGGCGGUCAGAGAGAUCCACGAGUUUUGGGCAAACAUCAUACAGCUUGUCAUAGCCACUUGGUUACUUAGCACUCGCAUAGGCUAUGCUGCUGUAGGUCCCAUUAUUGUGUCGCUCGUAGCACUCAUUGCCACGGUUCUCGUUUCGCCUCUGGCGCGCAAGUACCAGAUCUCCUGGCUAGACAAGACACAGAAACGAGUUGGUAUCACUUCUGCCAUGAUUGGACACAUUAAGAGCAUCAAAUGUUCAGGCCUAGCUCAAAACCUCUCUGACACCAUCCUCAACCUCCGAGCAGAUGAGAUCAAAGCCUCGAAACCAUUCAGGAUGGUCAGCAGUGCCACGUCCGCCAUUGCUCAAGUCCCUUUGCUCAUGUCUCCGGUCGUGGCAUUUGCUCUCUUCCAAGGGGUUGCCUCGAAUUCUGGCGAGACUCUUGAUGCUACUAGACUUUUCUCCGCUCUGUCCCUAAUCAUUCUCCUCGCGCAACCACUUUUCUUUAUGUUUGAGGUAAUUCUUGACAUGAGUGCUGCUUUGGGAGCUUUUGAAAGAAUACAAACAUUUUUGACCCAAGAGUCUCGAAGAGAUUCUCGCCAACAAGAACCAGUUGCAGAGUCGAACGGACCUGAUCAAGGAGCCAGAGACUCUAUCGAGCUACAAAUACUGAGAGAAUCCUCAUUGUCAUCUACAACAGACUCCAGUAUGAGAGAAGUUGUUAUUCAAGUCUCACACGCAAAUAUCUCGUGGUCAGAGGAUCGUGUCAUCCUUCGAGACUUGUCAUUUACCGUCGACCGCAAUCUGCUUGUCCUACUUCUCAGCCCAGUUGCGAGUGGCAAAACCACCCUGUUGAAAGCGCUUCUUGGAGAAGUUCCCAAUAUAACUGGAUCAAUUGACGUUCAUAGUAAGGGAGUUGCCUGGUGCGAGCAAAGUCCUUGGCUCCUGAACCGGACAAUUCGUGAAAACAUCAUAGGAUACUCGCACUUCGACCCUGUUCUAUACCAAGCUGUUGUUAAGGCUUGUGAUAUAGAGAAGGAUUUCGGUCAACUUCCCGAGGGUGACAACACCGUUAUUGGCAGCAAGGGGCUGGCCCUCAGUGGAGGUCAGAAGCAACGCGUUGCAUUGGCCAGAGCUGUCUAUUCAAAACCUAUGAUUGCUCUCUUCGAUGAUGUCUUUAGUGGACUGGAUGGUCAGACUGCCCGUACCGUGUUCGAGAACCUCUUUGGUGAACAUGGUUUGCUGAGGCAGUGGAAUACGACAACUGUUCUUGCGACCCAAUCAGUCGACUUUCUAUCGUCUGCUGACCACAUCAUUUGUCUUAACAAGGAUGGGAGAAUCUCUGAGCAAGGCACAUUCUCUAAUCUCAAAGACACUGAUGGCUAUGUGCACUCUUUACUGAGAGACGGGGUUGAUAGGGGCGAAGCCUCGACGCUUGAAACUGACGAUAUCAAAGCACAGGCCCCCCCAAAGCAACAAGCCGAUGAAGAAGAUACGCGCAGACAACGGGGGGACUCGACGGUAUAUCGAUACUACUUCAGCAGUACUGGAGGUCCUUUUAUGAUAGUCCUUCUAGUACUCGAGAUCAUCUGGGCCUUUCUAGAAAGCUUCCCAACAAUUUGGCUGAAAUUCUGGACUGAUGACAAUGCGCAUGGAAACGAUCAAGCGGGCUACUACCUUGGUAUCUAUGCCGCUCUUCAGGUUACGGCAGUCAUCUGGUUUGCUGUUCUUAUAUGGUUUGUCAUUGUCCUGAUAGCGGCAAAGUCUGGGAUAACUCUUCACAAGAGACUACUAUCUACCGUAGUCCGGGCACCUUUGUCUCUCUUUACCACGGCAGACUUGGGGUCAAUCACAACACGGUUCUCGCAGGAUAUAGGAAUGGUGGACAACCACCUCCCUCUUGGUCUCGUUGUGACUCUCGCCAGUUUCUUCGGUGCCAUCGCCAAAGCCGGCCUCCUCGCCUCUUCAAACCCCUAUAUAGCAGCUGCAUUCCCCCUCCUAGGAGCUGUCUAUUUCUAUCUUCAACGUGGUUAUCUCCGUACCUCUCGUCAACUCCGUCUGCUCGAUCUCGAGGAGAAGGCCCCUCUAUAUACCCAAUUCCUCGAAACACUCUCCGGCCUGGCAACCAUCCGAGCCUUCGGAUGGAGAGAUGCAGUUAUUCAGGCCAACCACACUCUUGUGGAUCGCUCACAGAAGCCUUUCUAUCUCCUCAUGAUCGUCCAGCGUUGGCUCGUCCUCGUCCUCGAUCUGACCACCGCAGCCCUGGCUCUUCUUCUCGUUGGUCUCGCGGUUCGUCUUCGCGGGGAAGUCGAUGUAGGUUUAACUGGCGUAUCUCUCGUGCAGCUAAUCUCGUUGAGUGAGACCGUGAACAUGCUGAUUCAGUUCUGGACCUCUAUCGAGACUUCCAUCGGCGCUGUAGCUCGCAUUAAGAAAUUCGCUGAAGAGACUGGCGAGGAGAACUUACCGGGAGAGACACACCAGCCACCAGCCCGGUGGCCUGACGAAGGAGCUAUACAGAUCAACAACUUGACUGCAUCGUAUGGUGACGUAGAUGGAGAAGGUAUUAAAGCUCUUGAUGCAGUCAGUUUGGAGAUCAAGGGAGGGGAGAAGGUAGGUAUCUGCGGUCGCACAGGAAGUGGAAAAUCAUCUGUCUUUCUUGCUCUUCUCAGACUACUAGACUCCAAGUCUGGUAGUAUCAUUAUCGAUGGGAUCGCUCUAUCCUCUGUCCCUCGAGAAACGAUCCGUUGUCGUCUCAUCACUCUGACGCAAGACCAUUUCGUACUCCCCGGCACGGUUCGACACAACGUUGAUCCGCUUGGUAUCUACUCCGACGUGGAAAUCAAAGAGGCACUUCGUCUUGUCGAACUGUAUGAUUCAAUCGAACGACAUGGGGGCUUGGAUGCUUCGUUCAAUCAAGACACAUUGAGCCACGGGCAGAAGCAGCUUUUCUUCCUGGCACGGGCAGUGCUGAGGAAGAAUGACGGGAGGAUCGUGCUUCUAGAUGAAGCAACGAGCAGUGUGGACCAAAAGACCGAAGAGACCAUCAAGGCCGUCAUCGAGAGCGAGUUCAAGGAUCACACCGUCGUGUUUAUCACCCAUCGUCUGGAUACGAUCAUCGAUUUCGACCGCGUAAUUGUGAUGGACAAGGGAUGCGUGAUCGAGCUCGGUGAACCAAAGAGUCUCCUUGCAUCUGGUACCAGGUUCAAAGCUCUCUGGGCAACCGGGCAUUGA